AUUUUUAUAAUUAACCAUUGUAACUACACGUGAUUCGUGAUUCUGAUCGUGUCUCCUACCAACUCCUAUCCCGUUCACAGCGCUUCUUUCUCCGCUUCACCCGCAGUAUCAUAAAACCAAUUUCACCGGCGACUCGCCGUCACCGGCCAGCUGCCGAUGAGCAGUGCCUCGGCAAAAUCGACACUUUCACCUCAUAUUUUCCUUUCCAAUGAGAUAAACCUCCAUCACUUCAAUUUCUGCAAGCUCACUGUACUCGCGCUUGCACUUUGAAUCAUCAUGCUUCUGCACUGCAAAGCAUUUCUAACCUCAUCAUCACUGAGAGGGAUCGCUAGGCAAAUGCGUUCCUUACGAACACUGUCUUCGCACCGAGAGGAUCCAGAAAUGAAAGAUUUACUUGAUUACAUUGAUUCCUUGAAAAAUUACGAGAAAUCUGGGGUUCCUACGGGUGCAGGAACUGAUUCCAACGACGGAUUUGAUCUUGGUAGAAUGAGACGGCUAAUGGAUCGUUUUGGCAAUCCUCAAUCCAACUUCAAGGCCGUUCAUAUUGCUGGGACAAAAGGAAAAGGAUCAACGGCUGCUUAUAUAUCUAAUAUUCUGAGGACGGAAGGUUAUUCUGUUGGUUGUUAUACUAGUCCACACAUCCAGACUAUCAGGGAACGCAUUCUGCUAGGAAGAUCGGGUGAUCCUGUUUCAGCAAAAUUGUUGAACAAUCUCUUUCAUAGGAUCAAGCAGGAUCUCGACCAAGCAAUAAAAGAGGAAAAUGGUUGCAUAAGCCAUUUUGAGGUUUUCACUGCCAUGGCAUUCAUCUUGUUUGCUGAUGAGAAAGUUGAUAUUGCAGUUAUUGAGGCUGGAUUAGGAGGUGCACGAGAUGCAACAAACAUUAUAUCGAGCUCUGGUCUUGCUGCUGCAGUCAUAACGACUGUAGGUGAGGAACAUUUGGCAGCUCUUGGGGGUUCGUUGGAAACUAUUGCAAUGGCAAAGGCUGGAAUUAUAAAACAAGCCCGUCCAUUGGUGCUGGGUGGGCCAUUUCUCCCUCAUAUUGAGCAGAUUAUUCGAGAAAAAGCGGUAAUCACGGGCUCCCCUAUUGUUUCAGCAUAUGACGCUGGGAACAGCCUUGCAGUAAAAAGUUUCAGCAUAGUUAAUGGCAAACCUUGUCAAAUUUGUGAUAUUGAAAUACAAACUGUCAAGGACUUGAAACUGUCCUGUAAGUUACAUGAUUUGAAGCUGCAAAUGCCUGGUGAUCACCAACUUCAAAAUGCAGCAACUGCUACUUGUGUGGCACUCUGUCUUCGUAGUUUAGGAUGGAAGAUUUCUGAUGAAUCUAUUAGAAGCGGUUUACAGAGCACAUACCUCCUUGGAAGAAGUCAACUCCUAUCAUUGGCAGAUGCUAAGGUCUUAGGACUUACUGGAGCAACAAUACUUCUUGAUGGAGCUCACACCAAAGAGUCUGCCAAAGCACUGAUGAAUACAAUAAAGAUGGCGUUUCCCAAGGCUCGAUUAGCAUUUGUGGUUGCAAUGGCAUGUGACAAAGAUCAUGCUGGUUUUGCUCAAGAGAUUCUCUCAGGUGCAUAUGUGGAGACUGUUAUUUUGACUGAAGCUGCUAUUGCGGGAGCUGCAACUCGAACAACAUCAGCUUCUCUGUUGAGAGAUUCUUGGAUUAAAGCUUCUGAAGAACUCGGUGUCGGCAUUUGUCACGAGGGAAUGACAGAAUACAGAGAGUUAUUAAAGGAACAGCCAGUAAGCUCUGACAGCAAUUUUAGUGAUGGUAAGACCAUAUUGGCUACCGAGUCUUCUUUAAAGGAUUGCUUGAGAGUUGCAAAUGAGAUUCUAAACAGAAGAAGGGAUGAAAAUUGUGUUGUUGUCAUCACUGGAUCACUGCAUAUUGUAUCCUCAGUCUUAGCUUCUCUUGAUGAUUAAUUGAAGCUUUUUACAUAGUGUUUGUUCAACAUUCAAUAGCAAUGUACCUAUUUAGUUUAGAAUGGAUUUUUUCUAUUUAAUAGGAACAAAUAAAAAUGUCAUGUUUCUCUAGGUUUUGAUAAGAUUAUUCAACCAAUGUUUUGUACAAGUAAAUCUGAAAUUAUAUUUAUAUACCAUACCUAUUCUAGGAAA